CACACGUGGAUGGCUUUAACAAAGAGAAAUUUAUUUUCUCACAGUCUAGUAGCUAGAAGUCCAAAUUCGGGCGUCAGCUUCAGGGGAAGUUUUUCUCUCUGUCGGCUCUGGAAGAAAGUCCUUUUCAUCAGUCUUCCUGUGGACUAGAAGCUUAUCUGUGCAGGAACCCCAGGUCCAAAGGACACGCUCUGCUCCUGGUGCUGCUUUUUGGUGGUAUGAGGUCCCCAACUCUGUUUGCUUCCCUUUCCUUUCAGCUCUUGUAAGAUAAAAGGCAGUGCAGACCACACCCUAGAGAAACUCCCUUUACAUUGGAUCAGGGAUGUAGCCUGAGCAAGGGUGUUACAACCCACCCUAAUCCUCUUUAACCACAGCAGAGAUUAUGAUUUAUGGCACAUAGGAAAAUCACAAAAUGGAGGACAACCACACAUGGCCUAACCAGUGGACACAUAUUUUGGGGGGACAAAAUUCAGUCCAUUACAGCUGCUAACUGAAGUAUUGGAGGUUUGAAUCUACCCAGAGGUGCCUCAAAAGAAAGACCUGGAGAUCUAUUUCUAAAAGAUCAGCCACUGGAAACCCCAUGGAGCACAGUUCUACUCUGACACAUAUGGAGUCACCAUGAGUCAGAGCCGACGAGACAGCAACUGGUUGUGGCCCAGUCCAGGAAUAUGAACUGCUUCUUCAGAUGGCCUAUAGAGAUUCUAAUGAGAAAAAGAACUUGAAGAAUCUUCUAAAGCUCUUGAAGCCUCCAUCAUUAUUGUUACAUGGGUCAGUGGAGAUUAUCAGAGUAAAGGCUACCACAUACUGUAGCAGCCUGAAUGGAACCUUACAGUGUGGUUGUGAAGAUGGCUAUGCCUGGUUUCCUCCCACGUGCCUUGAUCCCCAGAAAUGCUACCUUCACAUGACAGGAUCACUCCAGAGCUGUGAAUGUCAUCGCAGCAACCUCGAUCAGAGUACCAGUUUCUGUGAGAAAACAAAGAUUUGGGGCAGUUUCAAAAUUAAUGAAAAAUUUACAAAAGAUCUUUUGAAUUCAUCAUCUGCUAUAUACUCCAAAUAUACAACUGAAAUUGAAAUUCGACUUACAGAAGCAUACAAAAAACUUCAAGGUUUUGAGUCAGUUCGGGUCACCCAAUUUCGGGAAGGAAGCAUCAUUGUUGGAUAUGAAGUCAUUGGUUCCAGCAGCCCAUCAGAGCUGCUGUCAGCUGUUGAACAGGUGGCUGAGAAGGCUGAGGCAGCCCUCCACAAGCUGUUUCCAUUAGAAGAUGGCUCUUUCAGAGUGUUUGGAAAAGCCCAGUGUAACAACAUUGUCUUUGGAUUUGGGUCCAAGAAUGAUGAGUAUACCCUGCCCUGUAGCAAAGGCUACACUGGAAACAUCAUUGCCAGGUGCCAGUCCCCCGGGUGGCAAGUCAUCAGGGAGAACUGUGUACUCUCUCAGCUGGAGGAACUGAAGAAGAAUUUCAGUGCGAUCUUGGGCAACGCCACCGAGGCAACCAUGUCAUCCUUGGUGCAAAAUCUUUCAGUCAUCAUUGAGCAAAGCCCGUCAACCACAGCUGGGACUCUAGCUUCAGUGGUGUCAAUCCUGGGAAACGUUUCAUCCCUGUCGCUGGCAAAUCAUUUCAAGGUGUCCAAUUCAACAAUGGAGGAUGUUAUCAGUGUAGCUGACCGUGUUCUUAAUUCAGCAUUGGUAACCAAUUGGACAAUAUUGCUGCAGGAAGAAAAGCACGCCAGCUCACAGUUACUGGAGACAUUAGAAAGCAUUAGCUCUCUGGUACCUCCAACAGCUCUGCCUCUGAAUUUUUCUAGGGAAUUCAUAAACUGGAAAGGAAUUCCUGUGACCAAAAGCCAACUCAUGAAAGGUUACAACUAUCAGGCUGAAAUGUCACCCCAAAAUACCUCCAUUCCCAUCAGAGGCCAAGUGUUAAUUGGGUCAGACCAAUUCCAGAAAUCCCUUCCUGAAACUAUUAUCAGCAUGACCUCAUUGACCCUGGGGAACAUUCUACCGGUCACCAAAAAUGGAAAUGCUCAGGUCAAUGGGCCUGUGAUAACCACUGUUAUCCACAACUAUUCUGUAAAUGAAAUUUUCCUGAUUUUUUCCAAGAUAGAGUCUAACCUGAGCCAGCCUCAGUGUGUGUUCUGGGAUUUCAGCCACUUGUUGUGGGACAACGCAGGCUGCCACCUAGUGAAUGAAACUGCAGACACCGUGACCUGCCGAUGUACUCACCUGACCUCUUUCUCCUUUCUAAUGUCACCCUUUGUCUCCACUGCCAUCAUCCCCGUUGUGCAAUGGAUCACCUAUGCGGGACUGGGAAUCUCCAUUGGAAGUCUCAUCUUAUGCCUGAUUAUUGAGGCUCUGUUUUGGAAGCAGUUCAGGAAAAACCAAACUUCGCACACACGUCAUAUUUGCAUGGUGAACAUAGCCCUGUCUCUCCUGAUUGCUGAUGUUUGGUUUAUUGUUGCUGCCACUGUGGAUACCAUGGCAAACCCUUCUGGAGUUUGCAUAGCUGCAGUGUUCUUUACACACUUUUUCUACCUCUCCUUGUUUUUUUGGAUGCUCAUGCUCGGUAUCCUCCUGGCUUAUCGGAUCAUCCUUGUGUUCCAUCACAUGACCAUGCCUGUGAUGAUGGCUGUUGGGUUCUGCAUGGGCUACGGGUGUCCUCUGGUUAUAGCUGUCAUCACCAUUGCAGUCACACAACCUAGCAACGGCUACAAAAGGAAAGACGUGUGUUGGCUUAACUGGUCCGAUGGGAGCAAACCUCUCUUGGCUUUCGUUAUUCCCGCACUGACUAUUGUGGCUGUGAAUUUGGUUGUGAUGUUUUUAGUUCUAAUGAAGCUCUGGAGGCCAGCUGUUGGAGAAGGAAUGAGCCGGGAUGACAAGGCCACUGUCAUCCGCAUGGGGAAGAGCCUGCUUAUCCUGACGCCUCUGCUGGGGCUCACCUGGGGCUUUGGCAUAGGAACUAUGGUGGACAGCCAGAAUCUGGCUUGGCAUGUUAUUUUUGCCUUACUCAAUGCAUUUCAGGGGUUUUUCAUCUUAUGUUUUGGAAUGCUCUUGGAUAGUAAGCUGCGACAACUUCUGUUCAACAAGUUGUCCCCAUUCAUCUCUUGGAAGCAACCAUCAAAGCAAAACUCAUCUGAUUUAUCUGCCAAACCCAAAUUCUCACAGGCUUUCAACCCACUACAACACAAAGGCACUUACGCGCUUUCUCAUACUGGAGACUCCUCAAACGAUGUCAUGCUGACUCAAUUUUUAUCAACUGAAUAAGACCAGGAGCCAUAAAAUCGAGGAAGUUUUGGAGCACCUUGACAUUUAGAGCUAAAGGCCUGGGAAGAAAUUAUGCUCAGUAUUAGAUGGGCUUUUCUGAUUUAGGAGUUUGGGACUAAAACAAGGAGGUCUCAGGGGCUUCACCACUGCCUCCUUCAUCUUCAAUUAAAUGGACAGAAGAUUUAUUUUUCAGGUGGUUGGAUUCAGAGAAAUUGCUCUGUAAAUGCAGAAGAAUCUGUUUUAUUAGAGUUUGUGCCGCUCGUACCUGCCUUCUCUGCUGUAAAACCUGGCUUUCUUUUUCAUAAAAUAGCAUCAUUCACGUGGCAUUGCCAGUCAUCUGGAAACGUCAUGAAACAGCCUUAGAUAAAUUAAUGGACCAAGUUCACUUUUUUGUCAAAAAGUCACUGGUGAAAGUUUCUUAGAGAAAAGCUUUUUCCUCCCAAAUUUUCCAGUUGGAUCUUAUGUUGUUUUUGCUUUAUUUUGGUUCAGUCACUUAACUUUAAAAGUUCUUCAGAAAUAAACAUGAAAACUUCCAUUUCAGAUAGCUUUGUAGCCAUUUAUCAGCAAGUAUAAUAAUGUGAUUUCAUAUGCAGUGUGGUAUUUUUCAGUUUACAAAGCAUUUACAUCUGGUCCCCAAUCCAGCGAAGUGAGGUGCCCCAGGAGACACCUGAUGCAGAGAUGAGGAGAGAGCGAAUUGGAGAUCUGAAAUGACUUGCCCAAGACUGCGAAGCUAGUUACAAGGAAUCUGGACUUUUUCAGGCUUUUGAUUCCUAUUUCAUUUCUUCAGUUCCAUAAUGGCCUUGAAAAUUACCAACAAUCCUAAGAAAUCUUUCUCAGGUCUGAUACAUUGGUCAUCACACCCAGAAUUCUAUUUCUGUAAGAGGCAAAUAAUGGGAGAGUUUGAUUGUCGGCUUCCAGGGAGAUACUUCAAAACACUCUGGUUUUCUUUCAUCAUACACUGUUGGUACUUUUGAGAAGUUAUCAACAUGUAUAGCAAUUGCCACUUUUGUGUGAGAUCUAGAGCAGCAGGUUAGUAGACGCUUUGUGAAGUGAUAUUCCUCUUCUAUACUUCCAUUAUAAUUGGCUCACCUGAGUGACCCCACAGUGCUCACACUGCCUGAAGAACCAGGCUUACUUUGGUGGAUUUUCACUUCCUUGCCUGCACAUUUUGGAAAUGCCAAUGCCCACGCCAAGACUUAUUAUUCAGAUGCUUCUAAAGCUCCUAGUGCUUAUGGUAUCAGUGUUUCUGGGCACUUCCACCCAGGCUCGCCUCACCUUGCCACUGGGUCCAGAGCAGUCCUGGGUGUACCCACCAUCAACAGUGCUGUCUGUUGACCUAGGGUCCUUGAACACACCCUCCUUUAGAAUGUUAUUGUGCAGAGAGCCCUGACACCAUAUGAAUGUGACUCCAUCUCUUCAGGCAAACCUUUCUUCCCCGUAGGCUGGGGGCAGGGAGAUCAGAAGCCUCAAUGCCCAGGGUAAGAUGGAAGGAGAAUGAGAAAAACUAACCAAAAAAAAGCCAACCAGUGAGGAAAGAUGUGCUAGUGCAAAUAGCCAGCCCAACGCAGGACCCAGGUGAGGGAGAAGGAAAAUGUAAUGCUGAACCAUUUGUAUUUUUUAUUAUUAUAUGAGACUAGGCAUCCUAAUUAACAAACCGAGAGCGUCUCGGCUAUUUAAAGUGUCCAAGAUGCUGCUAUGGCCUGACCGUAUUCAAGUGUAUGUCUAGGGGAGAGGGAAACUUCUCCUACUGAAUAGAUUUUAUGAGGAUGAUGAGAGACAAAAAAUAAUAAUAAUAGUAAGUGUUUUUGAUCAUAUACCAUGUAUGUUUGUCCAACUCACUAUACAUACAUUAACCUCAGCUCUCACCCAAAAUGCUACUCAAACAACUAUAAAGUAAUAAAAAAGAGAAAAACACUGUAAUAAUUUUCUUCUACUGUGUAAAAAUUGCCACAAACUUAGCGGCUUAAGGCAACAUACAUUUAUUAUCUCACAGCUUCUGUGAGUAAGGAGUCCAGGCACCUCUCAGCUGGGUCCUCUGCUCAGGGUCUCACAAGGUCAAAAUCAAGUUGUUUCCUGGGCUCUGUCUUCAUUUGGAGGCUUGACUUGGGAAGAAUCUGCUUCCAAACUCAUUCAGGUUGUUGGCAGAAUUCAUUUCCUUUCAGUUGUAGGAUGGAGAGCCCUGGCUUUUUGCUGACUAUUGGCUGGAGGCUGCUCUUGGAUCCUAGAGCCUACCCACACUGCCUUGUCACAUGGGCUUCUCCAAUACGGCCACUUAACUCAUCAAGCCUCCUCCAGUCCGCUUUUAAGAUGCAGUCUUAUAUAAUAUAAGGCAAUCAUGGAAGUGAAGACUGAAGAAGAAUUGAUGCAUUAUGGUUUUGGUGAAGAAUAUUGAAUAUACCAUAGACUGCCAGAAGAGUGAACAAAUCCGUCUUGGAAAAAGUAUAGCUAGAAUGCUCCAUGAAAUCUAGGAUGGUGAGACUUCAUCUCACUUUAGUUUAGACAUGUUAUCAGGAGGGACCAAUAACUGGAGAAGAACAUCACGCUUGAUAAAGUGGAGGGUGAGCGAAAAAAAGGAAGACCCUAAAUGAAGUGGAUUGACGCAAUGGCUGCAAGAACGGGCUCAAACAUAGCAAGGAUUGUGAGGGAGGCACAGGACUGGGCAGUUUUUGUUCUGUUGUACAUAGGGUCGCUAUGAGUUGAACCAACUUGAGGGCACCUAACAACAGCUAACAAAUCAGUGACAUCUCAUUAUUUAGCCAUAUUCUAUUGAUUAGAACCAAAUCAUAGGUCCUGUCCCCACUCAAGAAGAGGGUAUUUCACAAAGGCAUGAACACUGGGAGGAUAAGAUCACUGGGAGUCUCAGAUACGAGCUCCCAGGGUUAAGAAAUAGAAAAGAGUCAGCAGCAGCAAAGAAUUUGCAAAGCAGGCAGGUGAAUGCUAACUUGCUUAGUAGGCCCAAGAAAGCUAAAUAUUAAGCUAGCAGUGAAGAAAGUAAAGAAGCUACCUGCUUCAUCUACAGAACAUCAAAAGGCUCAAGGCUUGGCAGCACCAGCUACCUUAAGAGUGUCUUAAUUACCUACUGGGUACCAUGACAAAAAUACCACAAGUGGGUAGCUUUAAAGAAUAGGAAUUUGUC